UGUGCGCACACGCUGCAUCUGCGUGCAAUAUGGGCCGCGUAAUCGGUGGGCUGUUUGUGCUGUGUACCAUAGCCGUUGGCAGCGCCCUGUUUACUGGAAAAGGUUUCUACUGCCGGGACCCAGACACGGGGAAGCUGUACCCAGUAAAUACGACCUGGGCAUCUUCUUCCUUCUGCGGUAGCUACACUUGUAAACUGAGAAAAAAGAACAACACCACCGACGAACCUUUACGACAACUCAAAAUAGGCAACGUAGACCAGCCUCAGAAAGAAACCGCUCGCAUCGUGAAACAUGAAGGAAAUUGCACAAGACCUAUAGGUGUAGUUAUCGAACCUCCAAAGUCUAACAUUCAAAAUAUACUACAUAAAGAGAAAACUGACGACGCGAACUAUGUUAGUUUAGACAAUUUCAAAAAUAUCGAACUCAAUUCUGUAAACAAAGAUAGCGAUAGAUAUUUAACAGAGCAAGAAAUAAAAGCCCUCACAAUGUUGCUGCAUACAGUAAAGAAAAGCGAUUUGGAAGCUAUAUUAGAAAUAUAUGACUUAGCGCAAGACAUUUACAAAGAAGCGGACAGAGUUGGCGAUGAUGAAGUAUUAUUCCAAAACACAAAUGCCAUAGAAGAAGAAAAACUUACACUAGAAAAUAAACCCACAGUAAGGACAGAGGCACCAAAAGUUAAAAACUAUGUCUCUUAUUGGUAUGAACCAUUGACGUCAAGCAACAACAAACACAGCAUAGACCAGAUUAGUCCUGCACUACCAACUGCAAAAGACACUAGCAACGAAAUAAAACCAGUCCCAAUAAAAUCAAAAGAAGCGAUUCACGAACCGAUCUCACCUAAAUUCAAAUCCAAGGCGGAAGCAUAUUUUUCAAGAGCAUUGACGAAUCAGGACUUCAGAAUGUUACCGUAUUACUUCCCAAUGUCGAAGUUUAAUCGGCAGUCGUCGUAUCAUCAUACUAAUCCUGGAGGGCCUCUUCCUGUGCCGAGUUCUAAUCAUCAAGGAGUUCAAAUUCCUCAACUUGUCCCAGUACCUCAACCAGUACCAAUUCCUCAGACUACGAUGACAAGAUCUCCGCCAAUAGGUUCGUAUCCACUACUUAUACCUAAUACUCAGUUAGGGAGUCAACACGUUGAUAAUAUACUUGCGACUGUCAACAAAAAACCUUGCAAGCAUCCUGAUGGUCCUAUCAAGAAGAUAUCCCCUUGGUUCAAGCUGAUAAAGAAACCUUUCAUCUACGAUCCUGAAAACAAACAAUACGAUUUACAAAGGCGACCUAUCACCUAUACCGAAUCAAGAAUCAACGCGCAAACUUUACAUUAUCCUUUCGCGUAUCUGAACUAUAACCUCAGUAAUUUACAAAAUUUAUACGUGAAUGAGUAUCCGUGGUCUUUCCUGAACCUACAUAAAGAUCAUCAGCAUAAUCAUCCAAAUUAUUUAAAAGCAGCAUACAUGGCCCAUUUGCCGCAUGCUUUUUUGAUCAACCAAGAUUUACCUGACGAUUCUAUGGGCGAAGAACAGAAGCCUAUAGCAGAAAAAGAAAAGAAACUACCUGACUGGCAAACUGAACAGCUCCCGAUGAGCAUACUGAACGAAGUGAGAGCAAACAUGGCAAAUACGAAGUUAUUGCCUUUCCCAUUCCGAAAGAAGGUAAAAUUGGAGAAAGUAAGCAAAGUGAUAAAGAUGGACGACUUAUCAAGGAGUAGAAGGCACGCAAACGUGGCGAAUGCAGGGAAUCCAGAAGAGUUUGAAGUCUACUUAGAAAAAUCCACGUGCACGACAGACACGGAACCCGGAUUUUUUAGAAUGGGGAACGCUACAGAACCCUUCCCCGCGUGCUGUCCGCAAAGAAUAGGUAGUUGAUAAGAUUUAACUAGGUAUUUGAAAUAA